AUGCCCACUUUCAACUCCAACGAGCAGAGUGACGAUGUGCGCGUCCUCGGAUACGACCCUCUGAUUCCUCCCCAGCUCCUCGCCUCCGAGGUCCCCAUCACACCACACGCCGAGAAGACAGUCGUCCGCGGUCGCAAAGAAGCCGUGCAAAUCAUCACACAAAAAGAUGACCGUCUCCUGGUCAUGGUCGGGCCCUGCUCGCUGCACGACCCUGAGCUGGCCCUCGAGUACUGCCAGCGCCUGAAAGCCCUCGCCGACAAGCUGCAAGACAACAUCUGCAUCAUCAUGCGCGCCUACCUCGAGAAGCCCCGCACAACAGUCGGCUGGAAGGGCCUGAUCAAUGACCCCGACAUCGACGAAUCUUUCCAGAUCAACAAGGGUCUGCGCAUCUCCCGCAAGCUCUUCGUCGACCUCACAUCGUCUGGCAUGCCCAUCGCGUCUGAGAUGCUCGACACUAUCUCCCCUCAGUUCCUCGCAGACUUGAUCUCUCUCGGCGCCAUCGGUGCGCGCACAACAGAGUCGCAAUUGCACCGUGAGCUUGCCUCCGGUCUCUCUUUUCCCAUCGGUUUCAAGAACGGCACCGAUGGCGGUCUUACAGUUGCUGUUGAUGCUAUUGGCAGCGCGGCCGCGAAGCACCACUUCAUGGGUGUGACGAAGCAGGGUCUGGCCGCUAUCACCAGGACAAGGGGUAACGAACACUGCUUCGUUAUCCUGCGUGGUGGAUCCAAGGGCACGAACUUCGACAAGGACAGCAUCAAGGCUGUGCGCGAGUCUUUGAGGAAGAAGAACCUCCCUGAGGUCAUGAUGGUUGACUGCUCUCACGGCAACUCCAACAAAGACCACCGCAACCAGCCCAAGGUCGCCAAGGACGUCGCCGACCAGAUCCGCAACGGCGAGACCGGCAUCGUCGGUGUCAUGAUCGAGUCCAACAUCAACGAGGGCAACCAGAAGGUGCCUCCUGAGGGCCCCAGCGGCCUGAAGAAGGGCGUGUCCAUCACCGAUGCUUGCAUUGACUGGGACACCACGGUUGGCGUGCUUGAGGACCUUGCUGCUGCUGUUGCGGAGCGCAGGGCGAAUAAGAGCAAGACCAAUGGUGUCCACUAA